UUUUGUGUAACUAAAGAGAAUUAGACGACCCUUCACGAUCACCGCCGAAAAGUUUCCGCGCCGAUAAUCGCCGGCGGCAGUCAGGUCGGCAGAGAUCGAUAUGGCGACGAAGGAGCGCUUGUCGUUCGCCGUUCAAUGGUUUCUGAUCUUGUUUUGGGCUAGGUUUUGUUCCAUUGACCUCCAGUCGGCGGCUGCCCAUCAGUUUGCGGCUGAUGGCACUGUGAUCGAGCUCAACGAUUCCAAUUUUGAUUCAGCUAUCUCAACCUUCGACCACAUUCUCGUCGAUUUCUAUGCCCCCUGGUGCGGUCACUGCAAGAGGCUUUCUCCCGUGCUAGAUGCAGUUGCUCCAGUUCUUGCCAACCUGAAUCAGCCAAUUGUGAUUGCUAAACUUGAUGCUGACAAGCAUAGGAAGCUUGCUUCUAAGCAUGAAAUUGAUGGUUUUCCAACGCUAAAGCUCUUUGUGCAUGGUAUUCCUAGUGAAUACACUGGUCCACGGAAAGCUGAGCUACUUAUAAGAUUUUUGAAAAAGUACGUUGCACCUGAUGUUUCUGUUCUCAACUCAGAUUCUGCUGUAUAUAACUUUGUUGAUGAAGCUGGCAAACAUUUCCCUAUAUUUAUUGGCUUUGGAUUGGAUCAAUCCUUAAUUGCUGAGUAUGGGAAAAGGUUUAAGAAAAAAGCUUGGUUUUCUGUCGCUAACAAUAUCUCGGAGGAAGUUAUGGUAGCUUACGAUUUUGACAAAAGUCCUGCUUUGGUUGCCAUUCUUCCUGGUUAUAACGAGCAAAGUGUGUUUUAUGGACCUUUUGAAGGAGGGUUUGUCGAGGAUUUUAUUCAUCAAAAUCAGUUGCCCCUUGUAGUUCCCAUCAAUUCUGAAACACUUAAGCUGUUGAACAAUGAUGAGAGGAAAGUCGUUCUAACAAUUGUGGAUGAUGAACUGAAUGAGAAAACUCUAAAAUUAAUUAAGAUUUUGAGGUCUGCUGCGACAGCCAACCGUGAUUUGGUGUUUGCUUAUGUUGGGGUUAAGCAGUGGGAAGACUUUGUUGAUACAUUUGAUGUUAAUAAGAAUACAAUGCUGCCGAAGGUACUUGUUUGGGAUAGAAAUGAUGAAUACCAACUAGUUGAAGGUUCUGAGAGCCUUAAUGAUUUUGAAGAUCAGCCAUCUCAAGUUAGUCGGUUUCUUGAAGGAUUCAGAACGGGGAGAACAAUUAAAAAGAGAAUCAGCGGCCCUUCUUUUAUAGGCUUUAUUAACUCUCUUGUUGGUAUGAAAACUGUGUACCUGAUUGUCUUUUUGGUAGCUGUUUUAAUAUUUCUCCAGAAAUUGGCAAAACAAGGAGAUGAUGUUCAUUAUAGAAGACAAACUCAACCAGAGGGUGAAGAUAUGAAUGCCUCCUCCAAUAAUGCAGACCAGCAAGGCUACCAGCCUUCAAACAAGGAAGACUGAGUUCAGAUCCAGGUGUGAUUUUUUUUUGUUUUAUGAAGUUAUUGUGGUUCUAUUUCUCAACUGAAUCACCUGUGUGUGGUCAUUAUUCAAGUUUUUACAGUUCCCGGAUAGUUCUAUUUAAAGAAACUUGAAAUAUUGAUAGAAUACUCUAACAUGAACAGAAAUCAUGUGCUUUGUAGAAGAACAAUAUGAACAAACUUCACCUUCAAAACCUGCAUAUGCUUGUUUCUUUGUUUU